CACAUAAUCCUCUUCCUUUUAUUGUUUAGCUCUUCAGCCCCUUUCCUAAAAAACAAACCCUAACUACUCUUCUCCAUUCUUCGACGUUCGGCCUCUCCCCUCCGAUCAGACGACGCCGGCGACUGUAACUCCGAUCAGACCACCCGCAAUCGCCCUCCGUUUUGGUUUUCGGUUUAAAGGGGUUAGGGAAGGCGGAAGGUGAGCGGCAGAUCGAAAGUUCAAGGCGGUGCAAAUUAGGACUCGUCGUUUGACGGUGUUUGCAGCAGGGCAAACGAGGGUUCCGAGGAUCAAGCAGAUCUGGGCAAUUGGAACUCCACGAAGGAAAGCGGUGUGAACAGUACAGAUCGUCGGCACGGUCUGGGCAGGGCAGCACAGUCGGGUCAGAGGCUGUUUAUGGUGGCAGGGUGGACUGAGGCAUUGUUGACAAAUUGGAGGUACCAAUGGCAAACGUCAUUACGAAGUUCUUUAUUGCAUCCCUGUUUAUGUGGAUAACUCCCAUCACAUUGUUACAUGGUUUUAACCAUAAUUGGAUUCCUGGUUCAACACGAUUGAACCCUCAUUCUCUUACACUAUUGAGUGGAUUCCUUGCUGUCAUAUCAGUCAACGUUGUCAUUGUUAUUUAUAUUAUAAUGGCAAUGAAAGAACCUUCUAGUAAACAUGAACCGGAUCCUGCAUUCCUUGCCGAGGCAAAAGCUAGCAUAAACCAGUCUACUGGGAAAGCAGAUGGCCCCUCGGAAGCUCACAAUAAGAAGGAAGAAUAGGCAAUGAGAGAGGGAGGCUCUGAUUAGGAACAAUCUCAAGGCUAAUCUCCCAGGAGUUUUAAUGAUAAUCAGUUUGAUGUGCGGUCAGACUGUCUGCUUGUCGAUUGGGAUUUGGGAAGAAGAAGGUUUUGUUUCACUAAAAUAAACCGCGUAUUAGAUUUGAUCCUGUGUUUCCACUAGCGAUGUUCUUUACUAUGUGUUGUGAACUCUUUGCUUCUGCCGUCAUAACGUGAAGGGAUGUAUAGCAUUUUGGGAAAAUUACAAAGAAAUUUAGAUUAUUUGUAUUUGCGGAA